GAGAGAGAAGAGACUGAGAGUGAGGGAGAGAGUAGGAGGAAUGAAAGAUAACAGUUUGUGUGCACGUCUGCAUGAAAACUCUAUGCACUUCCUACUGGUGCUGCAUCAAGACCAGACCGUUGUGUUCAUCUGGGAACAACAAGGCCGGAACCCUAACCCUUGGACCAAAGACCACUGAUGUGUCAACCAAGAAAUCUACAACCUUUCAAAUCUGGACUGGAUAAAUUUCCCUAAAUUGUAUUAGUCUAUAAGUAAAUAGAAAUACAGCCAAUUACACAGUCAUGACUUAGUGGCAACAUGUGAAAAAGCACCAUCUGAAAGUAGAGUGCUAGAAUACUCGGCCUCAACAUGGCAACUAAUGGCCUAAGUGAUCCUCCUCCCGUUCCUAAAUCCCUCCCACCCAAGAAAAGGAAUUCAGGUGUGGAUGCAAACGAAGCUCCGGCCGAGCCGGUUUUCAAGACGCCAUCUCCUUUCUGGAAUCAGAAUAUUUUCAGGAGACCAAGGAGAAUACGAGAACCGGCAGCCGUCUCCUACAUCGAUCUUCAUUCCGCAACCACGUAUCAUCCACUGUGGACUGAGGCUGGCUGCGCCUCAAACCAAGUUCUUUUACACCCAUUACGUGACACUGUAGCCCCAUUCCCUUCAUGGGGUCCAUAUUGUGAAAACAGUGAACAACUAUUAGGUGUGUCCAACCAGAACAGGAACGAUCCGAUGAGCGUCCAUGACUUUUAUGGAGCUUCUUCCUACUGGAGCUACCUUCAUCUUACAGAACAAAGAGAUUUGUUAUUUAAAAGCUAUGGAAGGGUCUCGAAUCAGUGCAAGCCCAAAAUCAUAAAGCCUGUACCUCGGUCUUUGGCAUCUCAUUACACCAAAAAGGUUCUCCUUAAUGUGGGGAGUGGUGAUCAGUGGGAUGAGAGACUACAGAAUGAAAGCGCCAAAAUUGAUUCGAGGACAAGGAAGAGGAACUAUUUGAGAGAAGGAAUGAGACAGAGUUCUGGUCACAUUGCUGAGUCUGGAACAGAUCUUUCCAUACACAAAUAUUGUUCAGAGUUUAAGGACUUAUCACAAGCAAGAGCCAUCAAAACAGAAGAUCUCCAGUGCCAGCGGUUUCCUGUUAUUCAUCAGUCUUGCAACAAUGUGCAAUUAAAUUCAGGGAUUGAAGUGACAAUGAGAAAUGAGCACCCUCUACUGGCCAGGGGUGAAAAAGCAGAGACACAAGAACAGAGAGAACUCGUGUUACCUUCCUCUCAGCUUUUGUCACGCUUUUUUGAAGGCUCUCUGAUCGAACUCGAUGGGGGACGGCUAAAGCGUGUAGAGGACUUACAGUUGGAGGAUUUUGAAUGCUGUACUGCGUCCUGCCCAGAGUUAAGUCUGACAAGAUUCACUGUGAAGAAGAUCACGUCCUCUGAUAAACCUGGAGUGAUGUGUUUGGAAGUAGAGGUUGAUGAUAACCCCCGUUCCAAGAUCUCGCUGGAGGUGUGUGAGGAGUACCCGUUGUUCGUGUGCGGCCGUGGCUGGUCUUCUUGCAGCCCAGACAGAACCUCUAAGCUCUGCUGCCUCCGCUGCCAACAGCUGUUCCUGGGGGACGUGUGCCUGGCACUAUCACCUGUACCUGUUCCACCUGCCGAGUCGACCCGGCCUGGAACCGGUGCCGAUGAUGUCGGAUUUCUGAAUCGCGGAGGGCACGAAACCGACUAAACUGAGAAAGAGACACAAUUCAGCCCCAGAAAUCCAAAACGUACAAUAAUAUCAAACAGGUCGACAGAGUAACAAAGUUUAUUUUAUAAUAUAACUAUGUACAGCCGCUUACACAGUGAAAAGAUGAUGGGUCAUAUUUUCUAUGAAUCACCUUACUAUGAAAUUGCACUUAGGUGUUUUGUAUAAAAAAAAAAAAAUAAUAAUAAUAAUAAUAAUAAUAAUAAUAAUAAUAGCAACAGUUGAAUAAAAUAAUUCAUUGUGUCAUUUUCUAAAACAAACUAAAAAUGUUUUUCAUGUCCUAAGGCAAGAAUAUUUGUUGGAUUUGUGCAAUAAAAGAGUCAAUCCCCGUC